AUAGCUUGUCGCAGCUGUCGUACUUAUGUUGAAAUACGUAUUAUAUAUUGAUAUAUGGUUAAUUUUCAAAAGCAUUCUGAAAUCAGAGUAUUUUUGCUCAAGAAACCAAACGUUAUUUCUACAGUAUGCUGUUCAUAGUCCAGUUCACUUUGCUGGUUGUGGCUAUCCAGCAUGUUUCUGGUCAAACCUGUCUUUCUAAUGAGUCAAAGGAUGACUUUGACAAGUCACGGAAAUCCUUGACAGAUGUACAGGAAAAUAUCGGAAAAGUUCUCAUCAAACUUGAAAAUGACAAUAAAAAGACACUAGACAUGUUUAAAGAAACUCUUAACACUAUGGGCCAAAAGAUAAAGAAACUUGACACAGAUUUUAAAGUCCUUGGAAAAGAUUUUCGCAAAACAAAAUGGCACAAAUAUAAUGGUCAUUGUUACUAUUACAGUCCGGACAAGGCAGAUUGGUUUACUGCUGAAAGAAAAUGUAGAGACAUUGGAGGAUAUGUUGUCAAAAUUGACGACAAAGAAGAAAACAGCAACAUUGCGGCAAACAAAGCAAACAGUGGUAAUCACUACUGGAUUGGCUUGAUAGAUCUCAAAGAAGGGGAAUGGCGCUGGACCUAUGAUCAGUCGAAAGCUUCGUUUACAAAUUGGACUUCUGGUUAUGGUGCCAAGGGCACAGACAGUAAUUGUGUGUUGCUAUCUGGUAGUAGAACAGAUUGGUUUGAUUACAUUUGUAGUUACAGUACUUAUUACAUUUGUGAAAGCAAUUUCUGUUUUUGAACAGUUCAUAGAAGAGAACAAAUGAGACGCAAAGAAAACAUCGAUGAACUCAAUUUCUGAUGUUAAAUAAAAUGAAAUACAUUAUUGAAA